UAAAACCGCUGGAGCGGACGAUCAAUGCUGGCUUUGUUUUAACUUUCAAAAUGCACUUUUUUUAUUUUUUGUUUUUUACUUUACAUUUUAUACUAAAUCCUCGAUGAUCGAUGGAUUAAAGAGCCCCUGGAUGGAGCCCCUGAAUGCGUUUUUUUUUUAAUUUUUAUUAUUAUUAUUAUUUUUAUAUAUAUAUAUAUAUAUGCAUUGCAUACUGAUCUUUUACGGUAUUUUUGUGGGUUACAUUAAUUCUCUAAGUGUUUUCAAUGAAAUGCAAGCUGUAUAGAUAAAGCAAUACUUUAUUUGUUGUGAAGAAAUCAAUGGAUUGCAUAAGUCCCAUGCAGAACAAGAGAAGGCGCAGUGGAGAAUUGGAGCAGUGGCACACUGAUUCGAAAAGGUUGUGCAAUGGACUGGGAGGCUGUGCCCAGGUUGAAUAUGGUGCGGUGAUGGACACUCCAAUGGACACGUGGGAUCCCCCAAAUCACAGCCCCCAAAAUGGACAUGGUGCCAGUGGCCACGUCCCUGGCAUGCAGGUGUUAGCAGCCCCAGGACGUGGUGCAGGACAGUGUUGCCCCAGGUGUAUGGCAGGUGAACCUGGCCAUAUAAACCAUAUCAUGAGGUAUUGAUCUGCCGGGCCGAUGACUCCUGGAGAAAAAAAUGAAUUGACUGAAUAAACGGGAAGGGAAAAGGCGAUGCAAUGAAACUGGAGUAGCUGUCUGCACUUUAUUUGUGCUGUGUGGGUUUUUCCGCAUACGUUGUGCCUUUCAUAGAUUUCAAACAUACCUCACUUGUAGUACUUGUAGUUUUGUAGCAAUAUGCAGUUUACAAUACCAAGCGCAAUCCAGUUAUAAGAAUAGCAAUGAAUGAAGGUUUGGAUCACACUGCAGUUAAAUGUGUAGACACAUUUUUAAUGCGCUGCUUAGCACUAUAUGCAUAAUAAUUUAUAAAUAAAUAACCCUGUAAUUCUAAUGUAAACAAAGUCAAUGCAACUAAAUAAUAUUAUAGACUAUUUUUCUAAAAAAUAUAAAUUGAAUUUUGAACUAUAAUGCAUGUUAAUCCAAGUGUAUAUUUUUAUUUUUUUUAACUGCGUCCUUGUGAAGUCUCCAUGGUUUUGUACCAUAGCAAAAAUUUACAAAUUUCAACCUCAUUUAAAUAUAAGGACAUUUUUUUAGAUGGGUAAAAACCCUGACAGUGUUUUGUUUUGUUUUAUCCUAAUCAAUAUGUUUUGUAUGGAAGCCCAUUUCCGCCACAUUCAAAGAAAAAAAUAAUUGUGCUAUGGCAAGUCAUUAUGAGAUACAAAUUCAGAAUUUUGAGAUUAAUAAUUUUGAUAUAAAAAGUAAUUGAUUUGAAAUAGUCAUAAUUAUGAGAUUAAAAGUCAGUAUUAUGAGAUACUAAAUCAAAAUUACGAGAUGCUUAGUCAAAAUUAUGAGAUGUGAAAUCAUAAUUAAGAGAAUAAAGUCAAAAGUUCAAUUAUGAGAUUAAAAAAAUCUAAAUUAUGAUUGCCAUAAUGAGAUAAAAAGUAAAAAAUUAAGAUAAACAGUCAUAAUUAUAAGAUUAAAAAGUAAAUAAUUUGAGAGAAAAGGUAAAAAAUUAUAAAAUGACUGUUAUAUUUUCAAUUAUAUAAUGAAAAUUAUGAGAUAAAUCGAAAUUAUGAGAAAAGGUCAUUUCAUAAUUUUUAUUUAGUAUCU